AUGGCCGCCAACAAGCUCCGCGCCGCGCAGACUGUCCUCGCCACCUACGAACUCCUCGAACGCAUUCUUCUCUUCGUCCCAAUGAAUCACGUCUACACCCUUCAGCGCACCUGCAAGUCCUGGAACUCACUCAUCACCCGUUCCCACGCCAUCCAGAAGAAGCUCUUCCGCCUCCCCGAUGGCGCGCCAACCAAGUCGAAGACGCCAGGCCCAUACAUGACACCGUGGAACCUCACUGUUCCAGAGUAUCGCCUCGAGAAUCGAAAGUGCAAUCCCAAUAUCGGCCUGGUGUUCCUGGAGCACAUCACCCAUCGGGAAGAAGCGUUCCCCAUUCUCCUACCAGACCUCAACUACAGCCCACCGGCUCGACCGACGAUUACGGCGAUACGCAGCUCAGUACACAAUGAGCUGGGCGAGACGGAUAUCACCGACCUCAAAGAGAGAGCCCUCAUGCUUGAGAUGAAAAUCAACGAUACCGCUCCCCUCAACUCCUGGCACGAGAUGUUCAUCACCCAGCCACCCAUCACGGCCGUGCUCUUCGGAUGCCACAGCGAGGUAGAGAGCUACCAAAUGCCACUGUCUGGCAACAGUCCAUCGAGAUCGCAUGUCUUCCAGGUUUGGAACGCUGGCGGCGUGCGGUUUGUGGAUUUGGCAUUCGCGCGGAAGGAGUUUGUAAUGAGGCAGGGAGGGAAGGACGGGUGGACGAUGGGGUUGUGUUUUGAUUUGACGGGGAAGGCGGUCAGUGAGAAGAGUGGUAGGGAGAUGGAGGAGGAGUGUUGUGGGAAGUAUACUGCUGGGGAGGAGUGUCAGUGUUUGGAGGUUGUGAGGGAGGAGGGGGUUGCUUGA